AUGUCAUGCCAAAAUUGGUUGUUUCAACUUUGAAGGGGUCAAUUGUAAAUCGUAAUAAGAAUAAUUACACCAUGUCUCAAAUAAGAAAUCGAAAAUUGAAACAAGAAAAACAGCACUCAACAGAAGAUGAAUUCGAAUAUGAGGAUACCAUGACCAAACCACAUGCAGUUCCUAUUGUAGUUGCAGAUGAAGAUCAUUCAUUCAAAUUAGAUGAAGAAGCUCUUAAGAAAGUUUUAAUGAAAGAAGAGCUAAAAGAUCGAUUUGUUGUUGUUAUAUCUGUUGCUGGAGCUUUUCGUCAUGGCAAAUCAUUUUUAUUGGACUUUUUCCUUAGAUAUAUGAAUGCAAAGUACGUUUUAAAACAAAAUACAUCAGAAUGGGUAGGCGCAGAAGAGGCUCCUUUAGAAGGAUUUUCGUGGAAAGGUGGAUCAGAGAGGGAUACUACAGGUAUCCUUAUGUGGUCAGAAGUUUAUACCACAGAACUUAGUACAGGUGAAAAGAUAGCAGUAAUAUUGCUGGAUACACAAGGAACAUGGGAUAGUAAAAGCACAGUAAAAGAAUGUGCGACUAUUUUCGCACUAAGUACUAUGUUAAGUUCGGUACAAAUUUACAACUUAUCAAGCAAUAUACAAGAAGAUGAUUUACAACAUCUACAGCUUUUUACUGAGUAUGGAAGACUGGCACUGGCAGACUCAGGCACAACUCCUUUCCAAAGACUUCAGUUUUUAGUCAGAGAUUGGCGUUUUCCUUACGAAGCUCCAUAUGGUGCUGUUGGCGGUCAGCAAAUAUUACAGAAACGAUUAGAAGUUAACGAACAUCAACACAGCGAGUUACAAUCACUAAGAAGACACAUCAGUUCUUGUUUUACUGAAAUAGCUUGCUUCCUAAUGCCUCAUCCUGGAAUAAAAGUUGCUACAAGCCCAACUUUUGAUGGUCGACUUGCAGAAAUCGACGGAGAAUUUAAAGAUAAUCUCAAAAUUUUAGUCCCGAUGUUACUAGCGCCAGAAAAUUUAGUACUUAAAAAAAUUAAUGGCGACAAAGUCAAAGUCAGAGAUUUUGUUCAGUAUUGUAAAUCGUAUAUGCAAAUCUAUGAAGGCAAUGAAUUGCCGGAACCCAAAUCUAUGCUUGUGGCUACUGCCGAAGCGAACAAUCUGGCAGCUGUUGCCGACGCAAAAGAGGCUUAUGUCAAUUUGAUGGAAGAAGUUUGCGGAGGCACUAAACCCUACCUCAAUACCGAAUUAAUCGAAAGUGAACAUCGCAGAGUUAAAGAAAAAGCAAUACAUCAGUUCAAUAGUAAAAAGAAAAUGGGAGGUGACGAAUUCAGUGCUGUGUAUAAGAUACAAUUGGAUAAGGAUAUCGAAGACACAUUUGUCCAAUUCAAAGCUCACAAUGAAAGUAAGAAUAUUUUUAAGUCUGCAAGAACUCCUGCCGUAUUUUUUGCGUUGGCUGUGAUGUUCUACAUUGCGUCCGGAAUAUUUGGGUUUAUUGGUAUAUAUUCACUAGCAAAUCUUUGUAAUAUGGGAAUGGCAGUGGCUUUCUUAACAUUAGGAACUUGGGCAUAUGUAAGGUAUAGUGGUGAAAUGCGAGAAAUUGGUUCGUACAUAGACGAAACAGCAAACUUUAUUUGGGAAAAUUUCAUGAAGACAAUAAUUCAAGGCUACGUCGAAAACGGUAUGCAGCAGGUGGCUGCAGAAGUAGCUGAGAGAACUCUAAGGAAUGCCACGCAAACAGCAGUAAAUGGUGGUAGAAAAGAUGCAUGAUUAGUACAUUUUAAGAAUAUGCGUAAAUUAUUGAAAAUUCCCAAUGCUACCGCUACGUUACAUAUAUCCUCGAAAUUAGGGAAAAAUACUGUACCUAAGUACUAUCUGUAAUGUAUUGUAUAGAAUGGAUUGUUAAAUCUUGCCAUCUUCCUUUCACUUCUAUGUACAGAUUUGUAGCCUUGCGUGUAUGUAUAUAUGUAACAUUAUUUUAUUAUUAUAUUGUGAUAUCUUGGCAAUGUUGGUAUUAGAGUAAAUCUUUUUAUUAUUU